AUGGUCAAGCCGGCCCCUUUCGUCUCCGUCGAUCCCCAAGUAUGGCAGGACGGGAUUCACGAUGUCCGCCGUGAUUACCCAUGCCACGGCAACACGUCAUUUGUGUGGGACGCAAAUUUGGUGCCCGACACGUACAAACUUGGCUCAAAUCAGUCUGUCGCAAUCCAAGCCUCCAAGGUACACGGCGGCGGCUCUUGCCAAAUAUCCUUUACAUACGACAGAAACCCCAAACCGGAGAGCUUGUUCAAGGUGUUUAAAUCCUUCGAAGGGGCCUGCCCCGGCAGCGGUGAUGACACGGCAGACCCGCAGGAGUUCCUUCUUGACUUUAGAGUCCCAGCCAAUAUCUCGGGAGGUAAUGGCACUCUGGCGUGGACAUUCUUCCCGAGGCUGCCCCGCGCUGGUCCUCUGGUCAGCAUGUUUAUGAUCUGCGCUCCUGUGACGCUGGAGAACCCCAACCAAGAGAACACCGGCUCAGCGGUGCAGUCGGGCCAGGAGGCCUGGGUGGCCCUUCCCGACAUGUUGAGAGCCAAUAUCUACAAUGAAUGCGACACCGUGGCGAACGCAGACACACUCUUCCCCGACCCAGGCCCCGACUACAACCAGAGGGCUUUGGGGGGCUCUGUAAUGUUUGCGUUUCCAACAGGAACCAGUUGUCCAACG